AUCUGCACGAAACUCAUUUCAAAAUUUAAAAAAUAAAACACCGAGAACCCAGCGUUUGCGAGGGACUGCACGAAAUACCCUUGUUUGAAUAGCUUGGUAUGUCAUCCCUGACCUUUGCGCAGGCAUGACGAUGGCUUCUCUAUGGGUUUUGCGCACAAUGAUUUUUCCUUCCUCUGCACGCCGUUUUCUCCGUAGCAUUCAACCAAGUGCAUAUGUAUUUUCUUCCUUUCAGGCGCCGAGACAUUAUUCCUUUGCAGGAAGCACCCAACAAAGCGGCUCUGGAAAUAUUGGGUUGGCGACCAAGUUUCCACGGCCAGAAACCAUACCAUGGCAAGAGGAGUUAUGCAACAAGGUCCAUCUGAUAGGAAACGUAGGUAAAAUCGUUCAAUUGAAAUACACUGAAACAGGGAAUGCAUUUGCAUGGACAACAUUGGGAACCAAAUUGGGUGCUAAAGCAACGGAAACCACGUGGUUUUCAUUAAAGUUUUGGGCGGAGAUGGCAGAAAUUGCAGCCAAACAUGUGAAGACAGGUGAUCGGGUGUAUGUCUCAGGUUCCAUGAAUGUCUCAGGUUCCAUGAAUUCUGAAGAAAUUGAGAUUGUGGUCAGCAUGCUGAAUUUUGUUGAACGCACUUCUUCUUAUUCGCCACAGAUGGAUGUAAACAUGAAUUCUUUUUAUUCAGGCAUCAAGGUUAUGGGGACAGAAAAGUUGUGGGAGGCAUUUUUUCUUAAUCCAACUGAAUGGUGGGACAACAGAAAGGAUAAGAGUAAUCCAAAAGCCCCCGAUUUCAAGCACAAGACUACAGGUGAACCACUAUGGAUUGAAAGUUAUCGUAACCCAUCAUGGGUUAAAUCUCAGUUGGACAAACUGGAUGAAAGUACGAGUUUUUCACAUCAACAAACGGAUCCUAAGAAGUCAUUAUCAUCAUUUGGGGACAGUGAUUUCAACCUUUUCUAAGGGCUGACUGUUUGACAAGGAAAGUUUGAUGUGCAAAUGCAAUGUUAUAUACUGUGGGCAGGGGAAAUUUGGAGCGCUGGAAUUUUCCUUAACAAGAAUAGAAGAGUUGUGAAUCUUUUGUCAUUGUAUGAAAUGUAUAUGCUACACAAGAAAUUCAGGAAAACAGAAAGUUGAUGUGAAUUUGUAAAUUUUGGGGAAUAUCUAUAAACUUUAUGUGCAUUUAUAACUUGGCCUGAUUUGCGGAAAGGUUGAUAAUUGGUGCAAAUUGAAAGGCCAGAAAUAUUUCUCUGACUGCAUAUUGAAACUAACUCCAUUAUAUUUUAUUGUGUAGUUUAGAAGACGGCCUUGGUUAAACAUUACAAUUAGUUUUCUCAGUAUAAUUAUUGCUGUUUACUUGAGUUUCUAAAGUGGCACUCGUUUUUUUCUUUCU